AUGUCAAAGCAAAAAUAUGCCUUGGUUACAGGCUCCUCCUCUGGUAUUGGUUACAAUGUGUGUAUUGCCUUGAGUAAAAGGGGAUACAAAGUAUUUGGAGCAUCUUUAGAACACACGCUACCAUUAAUGGACCCCUUACAGAAAGAAUGGGGUGUUGUUCCCGUGGCAUGCGAUAUCACCAACAAUGAAGAUAUUCGGAAAACUGUUGAAUAUAUCAAAAAGGAAACCAAUGGAAAGUUGCAUUUAUUAUACAACAAUGCCGGCAUUGCUGUAGGAGCUCCUGCAAUCGAGCAGCCAGCGGACGACUUAGAAAAAGUUUUUAGAGUCAAUGUCUUUGGACAUAUGUAUAUGACCCAGUACAUGAGUGAUCUUGUCAUUGCGGCGAAAGGAACGAUCGUAUUCACCAGCUCAAUUGCUGCAAGAGUUCCAUUACCGUGGAUUAGUGCAUAUUGUUCAACAAAGGCUGCAAUUGACCAGUAUGCUUUGGUAUUACAUGGCGAGAUGGAACCCUUUGGCGUCAGAGUACAUAGCGUCAUAACAGGUGGUGUCAACACUGCUAUUGGUGAUAAUUCAUGUAACAUAGAUAUUGGUCCAUCUAGGUAUAACGUUGAUGGUAUAAUCGAGAGUACGAAAGCAUCGUCGGGUAUGACCAGAGACCCAAGAACACAUGUUUCGCCAGAAUCGUACGCCGAAAAUGUUGUUCGGUGCAUUACAAGAAAAAGAGAUCCUGGAUUUAAUAUUUAUCAAGGAGGUUUCUCAUACAUUAUGCACUUUGUAGGUCGAUGGUUUCCACUUUUCUUGACUGAAUGGAUAUUACAAUUCCAAUUUAAGCAGUUGAAGGUAUGGAGGAAUAUUAGGAAACAAGUUAAAGCCAAAGAUGAAGCUGAGUUGAGAGCUAAAAAGUUAGAUUAG